CACCUUAAAUUCCACGGCCUCCUCCUGGCCUCCUCCACUUGCCCGGCGAAUCUAACCUUCAUCCUGCUCGUGACACCGUCGGCGGGUCGACUAGCCUCGGGUUCCUCCCACCCCAAACCCCACGAGGCUGCCGCCGCCAUCUGUCGUCCAUGUCGCAACCGCUCAAUUCCUCCCGGGAUGCUUCCAAUCCCCCUGCUACACACAGGGUAUUGAUAACGAACAAGCAUGGAGAGAAACUUGUGGGGCUGCUGCAUCCCACGGGUUUGAACAGGAUUGUAGUCUUGUGCCAUGGCUUUACGGCCUCCAAGAGUUCUGGCGUUAUUGUUGAUCUGGCAGAUGCAAUAAUAAAACAAGGGAUUAGUGUCUUUCGCUUUGACUUUAGUGGAAAUGGAGAGAGCGAAGGCAUAUUCCAGUAUGGCAAUUACAGGAAAGAGGCUGAAGACUUGCAUUCUGUUGUCUCAUAUCUGUAUCAGGAGAAGUAUGAUGUAGCAGCUGUUGUUGGUCACAGCAAAGGAGGAGAUGUGGUUGUUCUUUAUGCUUCCCUAUAUGACGAUGUCCGUAUGGUUGUUAACCUAUCCGGCCGAUUUUAUUUGGAGAAAGGCAUUGAGGAACGCCUAGGGAAAGAAUUUCUUGACAGAAUAAAUAAGGAAGGUUACAUUGAUGUCACAAACAAGUCAGGAAAUGUUUUAUACAGGGUAACAAAAGAGAGCUUGAUGGAACGACUGAACACUGACAUGCGUGCAACAAGCCUCUCCAUUAGCAAGGAAUGCAGCUUCUUCAUAGUUCAUGGUUCUGCUGAUGAGAUCAUUCCCGUGGAAGAUGCAUAUGAGUUUGCAAAGCAUAUACCGACCCACAAACUGUGUGUCGUCGAGGGAGCAGAUCACUGCUUCACCAGACAUCGUAAAGAACUUUCUGAUGCUGUAGUGGGUUUCAUUACAUCCAACAAGGCCAGUGAUACCACGCUAGAAGAUCAAUGAAUUCUGAUGGAUUUCUGCUGUAGGAUUUUGUACAACAGUUCUGCUUUACAGAAGCUCCCCUCCGAACAACACCACAAUUCUAGAUCAUGGUCAUUCUACUUCUUAGUUCCGGGAUAUAAUAAGCAAUAAAGCAUUGCAAGGCUUUAGGUUUGCGUUAUUUAUUAACUAAAUAGUUGGAAAAGUAUGCUGUAAAAUAUGUGGAACUAUUAUAGAGAGGUGUUUUGAACCUUGGGCUGUGUGGACUGAAAUUUUCAUUUUAAAAAAAUCACAUCCAAAGUGUAAUAAUUUCUGAAAAAAAUUCCACAUGUACAUAUGAACGUAUUGAUAUGAGAUACUAACAUGCAAGCUAUACAAAUAGAAGACAAAA